AUGAACCCAGCGCCUCCGAAAUGGGUUGUCGACCUCCAUAAUGGAUUUCCUGCGAAAUCCAAGAAUGCCUCCAGCAUCCCGGAUCCUCCUGGCUUCACGGCCUCCAAGGCCCUCACAGGCAAGCAGAAAGCACAAGCUAGUGGCAGGAAACCACCGACCGCAGAAGAAACUCAGACGUUGAAAAUCAAGAAGGCGUGGGAGAUUGCCCUGGGCCCUGCAAAACAACUUCCCAUGCAGGCGAUUAUGGGCUACAUGUCUGGAAAUUCAUUACAGAUAUUUUCUAUUAUGAUGGUAUUCAUGCUGUUCAAGGGUCCCAUCCAAGCUAUAACACAAACCAACACCGCAUUUGCCAAGUUCGAGAGCGCAGGCACACGCACACAGAUGUUGGGAAUCAAGGCUGUCUAUGUCCUUAUGCAAUGUUCAUUACUCGGUUUGGGUAUCUAUAAAGUGAACAGCAUGGGUUUGCUACCGACAACACGGAGCGAUUGGCUAGCUUGGGAGUUUGAGAGACAACCUCUGGAGCGGGCAUAUUUUGCUUUUGGCCAAUGA